UGGAGAUCCACCUCGUGUUCCUGUCGCUCAGAGCCGCCAGGAACCUCAUCCUCCAGCUUUCUCAACGCCCCUUCUCUCUGUCCAAGCGAGCAAACAGGUCCAAAAGCACAUAUAUUCAGGGUUUAAGCUGAUCUCGGGAGAAAAAACCUCCAAAGCUCCUCAAACAGGACAGAAGAGAGGAGCAACAUCACAUCCCAUCACUUCAGAUCACUUUUCUCUUCUUUUUGGACAUUUUCUGCUUUUUUCUGCUCGACUUGGAAACUGGAUACAAACCGCUUUUGACCCCUGAGGACGACUUUUUUAUUUCUUCUCACCUGUUCGAGUGUCAGUCGUUGUCCAGACUUGAGCUGCAGGUUCCGGGCGUCUCGAUGGACACGAGCAGCUGGAGUGGCAGUGAGAGCGGAGGAGAAGAAAUGGAAAGGAUGAGUGAUUCAACCGAAAAGCUCACAGACCAUGAAGCAGAGGGCGUGUGGAGCCCCGACAUCGAACAGAGCUUUCAGGAGGCGCUGGCCAUUUACCCGCCAUGCGGCCGCCGCAAGAUCAUCCUCUCCGAUGAAGGGAAGAUGUACGGUCGUAAUGAACUGAUAGCAAGAUACAUCAAACUGAGGACUGGAAAGACACGAACGAGAAAACAGGUCUCUAGUCACAUUCAGGUUCUGGCCCGGCGGAAAUCAAGAGAGAUUCACUCUAAACUUAAGGAUCAAAGCGUGAAGGACAAAGCGCUCCAGAGCAUGGCGGCCUUGUCUUCUGCUCAGAUCGUGUCUGCCACAGCCAUUCACAGCAAGCUGGGUCUGGCAGGCCUUCCUCAGCCCAGCUUCCCUGCAGCGACAGGGUUCUGGCAGCUGCCGACAGGCCAUCCUGGAUCCUCCCAAGACAUUAAGCCAUUUACACAGCAGGCGUACCCCAUUCAGGCCGCCACGGCGUUAUCAGGUUACGAGCCUCCCAGAGCCCCCGCGUCCACUCCUCCAGCCUGGCAAGGACGAUCCAUCGGCACCAUCAAACUUCGACUCAUCGAGUUCUCCUCAUUCCUGGAGCAGGAGAGAGACCCCGAGGCUCACAACAAGCACCUGUUUGUACACAUCAGCCAGACGAGCCAAUCGUACAACGACCCGUUGCUGGAGUCGGUGGACAUCCGCCAGAUCUACGACAAGUUCCCUGAGAAGAAAGGAGGCCUCAAGGAGCUGUUUGGAAAAGGCCCACAGAAUGCCUUCUACUUAGUCAAGUUCUGGGCCGACCUGAGCUGUAAUGUCCAGGAGGAUUCGGGAGCGUUCUACGGUGUGACCAGUCAGUACGAGAGUCCAGAUAACAUGACCAUCACCUGCUCUACUAAGGUGUGUUCGUUCGGGAAGCAGGUGGUGGAGAAAGUGGAGACGGAGUAUGCACGCUUUGAGAACGGCCGGUUCGUGUACAAAAUAAACCGCUCGCCCAUGUGUGAAUACAUGAUCAACUUCAUCCACAAGCUCAAGCACCUGCCUGAGAAGUACAUGAUGAACAGCGUGUUAGAGAACUUCACCAUCCUGCUGGUGGUGUCGAACAGAGAAACCCAGGAGACACUGCUGUGCCUGGCGUGUGUGUUCGAGGUGUCCAACAGCGAGCACGGAGCUCAGCAUCACAUCUACAGACUGGUCAAAGAAUGAGACAACCGUUUCAACAUUUCUUUCCCUUUCUUUCUCUCUCACACACACACACACACACACACACACACACACACACACACACACAGACUAAAGACACUGAGCUGCUGCCCUGCUGGUCAGAGAGAGCCAGAGCACAUCACUUCCUGUGUCCACAGAGGCCCAAUGUGUGUGUGUGUGUGACACAUUUUUGUUGUUUUUUUUUUUCCCCGCUACAAGCUGCCGUCCUGAGCGGCUCAGACAGACGUUACACUCAUAAUAAACUCGUAACUAUGAAGCAGCUGUGCCUCUGUGCGUAUAAAGCCUCCGGUUCACUCGGUCACAGCUGUGCCACACCUCCGACUACAUCUUUUUGUCAAAUGUUAUGUAUUUUCUCCAUCUGCACGGGUGCAGGGAGUGACAGUGAAACGGAGGUACUUGUUACUUUGUUACUUUUUUUUUUUUUUUCAUUUUAAUGUCGAUCUCCUUUUUUAAACGUUAAUGAAGAAUAUUGUGUAUUUUUUAGUACAAAAAAAAUUUACUCCUUCUUCUAAAAGGAAAAAAGCAUGAUGUCUGGUUUUGUUCCUGAAAUAAACCCUGUGUAGAGUUUAACACUGAAA